CAUACAUUUCCCCUUUUCCCAUUUUCGCUCUGGGAAAAUUUUUCCCUUCUUCUUCUGUUUCCCAAAUUUCCAAAAUUUCAAGAGCUCCGUUUUUUCCCAUGGCCGCCUGACUCCAUAUCAAACCCCCCUCUCCAUCUCUCUCCAAAACUUCCUUUUCAACAUCCAUAUCUUCUGCAUAUAGACAUGUUUUCAUAUGUAUAUAUAGACACAUAAAUUCUUGUUCUUGAUGAUUCCUCUUUCAGAACCCAGGUAAUCUAAAAGGUAGAGACAGAUGUUUCUUCCGAAAAUGAAUAUUCCUGCAGAGAAAUUGAGAGAGGAAAUAUGUACGACAGAGAAAAUAGAGGAGCCAGGUAGCCCUAGUUGGGGAGCAUCACUUUUCCAGACAACCGAAGAUGUUGCAAAAGCGGUUGCUGCUGCUGCAGCAGCUUCGGUGCGGUCCCCACGCCCUUCGGUGGUAUAUUCCUCCAAGGACGACAGUGGUAGCCCAAUGAAGAAGCUUCAGAACCAAGUUUCUAAGCUGAUAAAAGGUUUAUCGAGUCCUCCCGUGGCAAAAAGCAGGCUUUACAACCCAGAAAUACUAACCAGCCAAAAGCGACAAUGGGCCAACUUACAGUUGCAAUCUCUAGAUCACAGAGUUUGGAAAGAGCCAUCAAAGCUGUUUGAGAGCAUGGUAGUGGUUGGACUUCAUCCUAAUUGUGAUAUCCAGGCUCUUCAAACACUUUACUUCUCAAGAAAGUCUGAAGGUUCUGGAAGAUUUAGAAGUGCUAUUAGUGGUCAGCAUCAUUCACGGGUGGAACCCAGCCUUGAACCUCAGGUCUUGUUUGUAUACCCUCCAGAAAAACAACUUCCGCUGAAAUACAAGGAUCUUCUCUCAUUCUGCUUUCCAUCUGGAGUAGAGGUUCAUGGGAUUGAAAGAACACCAUCAAUGAGUGAGUUAAAUGAAAUGCUUUUAGGGCAGGAACACCUCAAACAAAGUGAUCAGUCAUUUGUGUUUAGGCUGCAGGUUACUGACAAUUCAACUCUCUAUGGUUGCUGCGUAUUGGUUGAUGAAAUAGUACAAAAACCCUCCGGGUUGGUGUCGAUGAUGUCAGAAGUACAGCCUGUUCACAUUCGCUCAAGUCGCCAUAUUUUGACCACACGCCGUUGUUAUUGCAUUCUUUCCAGGCUUCCAUAUUUUGAACUCCAUUUUGGUGUUCUGAAUAGCAUCUUCAUUGAGGAGAGGUUGGAAAGGUUAACAAAGCAAAUUGAUGAUCUUGAUAUCAAUUUCUCCACGUUUUUUGAUGAUAAGGACUCGCUCGAAGAAAAUUCUCCCAGCAUUUCAUCUGAAGAUAAGGAAGCAGUUGCAGAAUCAGUUACAGCAGUAACAGAAUCUGUUACAAGUAUGGUAACUGUCAAUGAGGUUUCUCAACUGGAACAUCAAAUCUUUGAAGUUAGUAUCUCCUCUUCUGGUGAUACUGGAAGUGAUAACACGGUUUCAGUUGAUGAAACCAAAAGGGAUUCAUCUCCCCCUUCAAAGGAAGCUGGCAAUGGUGACACAGAGAAACACCAUCAGACUACUGAGAGUUUCUCCUCUUGUAAGGAAGUUAACAGUGAUGGUGACACAGAGAAACACCAUCAAACUACUGAGAGUUUCUCCUCUUGCAAGGAAGUUAGCAGCGAUGGGGACACGGAGAAGGAUCAUAAUGAUAAUGAUAAUAAUAAUAAUAAUAAUAGUAGUAGUAAUAAUAAUAAUAAUAAUAACAAUAAUAAUAAUAUUAAUAAUAACAGAGAUGUAAAUGGAUCACAAAGACCUGAAACUAAUAAUUGCAAUGAAGACAUCAAAAAUACGGCUGAGAGGGGUGCACCAAACUCUGUUUUGCCACUUUUGCGGUAUCAUCAAUACGAGAGCUCAGAUUCUUCAUUCAGUUUCCAAGGCUCUCCAAGUGACAUUGAUGAAGCAGAGACAGAAGUAUCUUUUUCAGGCCAAGAUGAAUCUAGUCAAAAUAGUGAUAUACUUGAAUGGGCCAAGGACUGUCGCCGUGGUUCCUUGCAAAUCAUAUGUGAGUACUACAAGCUUGAUCUCCCUGCACGCGGUUCAGCAAUUAAGUUUCAUCCUCUGGAUCACUUGCAUCCUUUGGAAUACCAUAGGCCUGACGAAACAGUCUUACACAUUGCUGGAUCAACAUUUGACUUGAAAUCAUGCAGCACAAGUUUGGAACUGGCUGAGGCUCACAAUGCCCUUAUGGUGGAAGAGGAGGCAACUGCUUUAUCUGUCUGGGCUAUUGCAUGUUUAUGUGGUUCCUUGCGUCUAGAGCAUGUCUUGACACUCUUUGCCGGGGCACUAUUGGAAAAGCAAAUCGUAAUCGUCUGUUCAAAUUUGGGUGUAUUAUCUGCUUGUGUUCUUGCCAUUAUUCCACUUAUACGCCCUUACCAGUGGGAAAGCUGGUUAAUGCCGGUUUUGCCUAAUGACAUGCUUGACUUUUUGGACGCACCCGUUCCUUAUAUUGUAGGUGUGAAGAACAAAAGCUCUGAAGUGCAGUCGAAGUUGACAAAUGCCAUUGUUGUCGAUGCAAAUAAGAAUCAGGUGAAGUCGCAUUCGAUACCACAACUACCCCAACACAAGGAACUAUACUCAUACCUAAGUCCAUACCAUGCCAAACUUGUGGGAGAGAGUUAUUUGGGAAGGAAAAGACCGGUUUAUGAGUGUACAGAUGUGCAGGUUGAAGCUGCAAGGGGCUUCCUGAGAAUCUUGCGCUCUUACUUGGACUCUCUCUGCUCUAAUCUUCGCUGUCACACAAUUACCAAUGUUCAGUCAAAUAAUGACAAGGAUCAACUUCUAGAUUUUCAAAAACUAGUUCUAUACGGGGCCGAGCAUUUGACUACCCAGGGAGCACUUUGACUAGGUGAAUCAUCGGUAAAUGCUCUGUAGAUUUUCUUUUGACCGAGGAAAAUUUAUCCAUGGGCCAUGGCUGAAAGGGGAAAAAAAAAGAGAAAAGAAGAUAAUGUAGUCUUAUUAAAAGGAUAUUUUAGUCUUAUACUCUUAUCUACCAAAUUCUCUCAUACUUUCUUCGUCCCAAAAAAUAAUACUCCCUCUGUCCCUAUUUAAUCACAACACUUUGAUUUGCACACACUUUUAGAAAGUAGGUAAAAAGUAAUUUUUUUCCAAGAAUACCCCCACCCACCCCUCCAAAAGAAAAAAGCAAAGGCAAAAAAUAAGGGAGAAAGGG